AAUUUAAAUAAAAAAAGUAGGGUCUUUAUUUGUGAAUAACAAAUGACGAAGAAAAACAUUUGAAAGUUAAACCAACGACUUCCCAUUCUUCUUCCUCAUCCAAAGUGUUUUUUGCUUCCAAGUUCUCAAACCUGUGUUUCUCAUCAUUUCCACUCUUUGCUUUUUGCUUUCAAAUUCUCAAACCUGUGUUUCUGAUCAUUUCCACUGUUUGUUUUUUGCUUUCAAAUUCUCAAAUCUGUGUUUCUGAUCAUUUCCUUUUUUGCUUCCAUAUUCUCAAAUCUGUGUGUGUGGUCAUUUCCUUUUUUGCUUCCAUAUUCUGAAAUCUGUCUGUGAUCAUCACCAAAAAGAAAAAAAAAAACUGUGUCUGUGAUAAUUUCCACUAUUUGUUUUUCAGUUUUCACAUUUUCUUGUAUUGUCCCAAUUCAGGGGAAAAAAAGAAAAAAAAAAAACCCUGCAAACUUUCUUUUAUUUCUGAAAACUUUCUUCAUACCUUGAUUUCCACUUGGCAAAAGAAACAGCGCAGAGGAUAGUUGAGUGAAGCUACUUAUUUCUCUCAACCUCUAUUUACUUUCUGGUAUCACGGUCAGAAAGACAGAUAAUUUCUACCUCCUUCAAUAAUAAUAUCUUUGGUUUACAACAAUAUUUACAGCUUCUUAUUUGACAUAUCAACAAAAAUGGUCGAAUAUGUUGCCCCUGCUGCUGUCAAAAUUGUGGCAGACUCGGCAAAGGAAUACGCAUCACCCUAUUUCGGUUACUUUUUCUCUUAUGAAAAGAUUGUUGAAGAUUUCACGAAUCAACGAAACGCACUUGAAUUGAGGAAACAGAGGGUGGACACUGAUGUCGACGAGGCUAAAAGGCAAAAUAAGAUCAUCUAUGAUGACGUUGACAACUGGCUUAAAAGGGCUGAGAAAGAACUGAUAGAAACCCAGAACUUGAAAGAUGAAAUAGAUCGCGUCAAGUGUUUCAAAUGGUGUCCUAAAUGGGGCUGGCGAUAUUCCUUAAGUAAGAAACUGGCAGAGGAGAUUCCCAAUAUCUCUAAACUUUUAGAGACUUCUAACUUUGCACAGGUGGGCUAUCGUCGUCCUCUUCAAGGAAUAGAGUUCAUCACAUCCACGGAUUUCAUGGACUCUGAAUCUUCAAAGUCAGCUUUGAACCAGAUCAUGGAGGCUAUAAAUGCUAAGGGUGUCAACAUGAUCGGACUGCACGGAAUGCCAGGAGUUGGUAAAACAACUUUAGCCCAAGAAGUCGGGAAGCAUGCUCGAGAACAAAAGCUCUUUGAUAAAGUUGUGAUUUUUACCAUGUCCCAAAAUCCAGACAUCAACAAAAUUCAACGUAAAGUUGCAGCGAUGUUUGAUUUAAAAUUUCGAACAGAUAUCGAAGACACAAGAGCAGAAGAGCUGUGGGUGAGAUUGAAAGCUGAGAAGGACAUCCUCAUAAUUGUCGACGACCUCUGGGAAGAAUUCAAAUUGGAGAGGAUCGGAAUUCCAUUCGGUGACAAACACAAGGGUUGUAAAAUUUUUCUGACUACACGUCAUCAACAAGUCUGCACUAAAAUGAACUGUCAGAAGGAAGUUCAACUUGGCAUCUUAUCCGAAGACGAAGCAUGGGUUUUAUUUCGAGAUCAAGCUGGUUUAGAAGAUGACUGUUCCAUCUUGAAUGAGGUAGCCAAAGAGGUUGCUGGUGAAUGUAAGGGAUUGCCUCUUGCAAUUGUUACCGUGGCAAAAGCUCUAAAAGGUGGGAGUUUAGAUGAGUGGAGAGACGCAAAUCAGAGAUUCAAGGACUCAACGCAUUUGUAUGAUGAAGAAGUCUUCGGGGGUGUCCUCGAACCUCUUAAGCUUAGCUACGAUUAUUUGAAGAAAGGCAAUAACCAAAUGACGGGAAAUGACAUCCAAAUGUGUUUCUUAUUGUGUUCCCUUUUUCCUGAAGACUUUGAAGUCUUUAUUGAGGAGUUGAUUAUGUACGGAAUUGGAUUAGGAUUGUUCCCUAAUGUUUACUCGAUUGAAGAUAAAAGGAAGAAAAUUGUUGGAGCACUAAAAAAACUCAAAAAAUCUGGCUUGUUAUUGGAAACUGAUGAUGGAGAAACGAUAAGAAUGCAUGAUGUGGUUCGAGAUUUUGCUCGUUGGCUAACAUCAACUGGAGAAAAUAGGUUUAUGGUAAAAGAUAAGUUGAAAGAAUGGCCUGAUAUGGAUGAAAGUUCAGAAUGUUAUACUGCAAUCGCUUUAUUUCAUUGUAGUAGUAACAUACAAAAUUUUCCUGAAAAAGUGAAUAUUUCAAAGCUCAAGACUUCGUUUCUUUAUGGGGUGGAGGAGGGGAAUGAUUUAGCAGUGGUUUCCAGUACAUUUUUUGAAGAAAUGAAAGCCCUCCAAGUUCUAUAUCUACAUAAUAUCAGUUUCUCACCGAAAGGAUUCCAUUCCUUACCAAAUCUUAAAACUUUGUUUUGUCUUAAUUGCAAGUGGGAACACUUGUCAUCAUCACUAACAAAUAUGAGAAGCCUUGAGAUUCUUUCAUUGUUUGGCACUAAGAUUGAUGAGAUAAGUGAAGGAUUAGUGAAAUUGUCUACUCUGAAGUAUUUACGUCUUUCUAGCCGCCGUAUUGAAGAGAGAGCGGUGGAGGAAGAGGAAGAAGAAAUGAUUUUCCCCCCCAAGUUGGUAUCAAGGUUGACUUCACUGCAAGAGUUACAUGUGCCAAACAAAAACAAUAUCAACUUGUUGGAGCUGAAUUCAUUGUCUCGUUUAACUGCACUAUCACUGGAACUUUCUACCACACAAUUUUCUCAAAAAGAUUUUGUGUUCCCUAAACUACAAAGGUACAUUAUAUUUGUAAAUGGCUAUAUGAGCAUUCUGAAGGUGCCAAACAAUAGAAAAUUGAGAAUUGAAAACUUCUCAUCUUCAUUGAGUGCAUUUAACAAUUUAUUUUGCAAUGUGGAAAAGUUGAAGUUGAGGAUGGUUAGUGGACUGAAGAACAUUGUGCCAAGCAUAGGUAAAAAGGUACUAAAUGAGUUGACUUCUCUGAAGCUUGAUUCUUGCAACGAUAUGGAAUUUUUAAUUGAUAUAACAAGAGAUCAAGGGUCAACUGUUGCAUUCUCUAAUUUGGUGGAAUUAACUAUAAGAUGGAUGGUUUCUCUGAAAGGGUUGUGCUAUGGUCCUUCUCCAUCCCAUCGUGCAAUUGCAAGCUUCACAAGACUAACGGUUGUGACAAUUGGAUAUUGCCCUAAACUGAAAACAAUCUUCUCACCUUGCGUUGCUCAGAGUAUGUUGUGUAUAGAAGAACUCUACAUAAAAUGUUGCCAUGGACUACAGCAAGUAAUUGGUUUUGCCCAAGAAGAAGAAAUUACUAAGAAUGACUCUCGUCUUUAUUGCUGCCCCAAAUUGAGAAUUCUUAAGAUAGAAUAUUGCAGUAGUUUAAAAUAUGUUUGUGCAAACACUUCGACUCAAGGGCUUCAAUCAUUGGAAUUUGUCGAUAUAAGUGAUUGUCCUCAACUUAUGCAAAUCUUCAAGAUGAAACAAAAUGAGAAUGGGCAAGAUGUUGUGUUUCCUCAGAACCAUUGCUGGCCAAAAUUGAAAACUUUUUGGAUACAUGAUUGCCAACUAUUUUCAUGCUUCAUUGUACAAGCUCCGCUCUUGGAGAGCUUGAUUCUUAGUAACGUGGGAAUCAUAUGGAAAAUUGAUAUGCCUGUAUUGAGUGAAGAUUGUAUAGUAGUUGGGAAUCAUGAAAAGGUAUUUCAAGUUCAAGGUGAGUACUCAUUCUCAAGGAUAAAAGGAUUGUACUUGUGGAAUUUAUUUGAAGUGCGGAUUAUAUGGAACGAUUUUGCUCAAGUUGUAACCCUUGAAAACCUUACAACUUUAGAGCUGAGAGAUUGCAAAAAGUUAAGAUAUAUAUUUUCAUCUAUGAUGGCUCGUAGUUUAUCACAUUUGAUGAAUCUUUCCAUCGAGGGUUGUGAAGAAAUAGAACAACUCAUUUUAGCCAAUGAUCAAAUUUCUUCUUCAUCAUCAUCAAAUGCUAGCCUUCAACCUAUCAACUUUCCAAAUUUGACAAAGAUCACUGUUACAAAUUGUGGAAAUUUGAAAAGUCUCUUUCCUUUUGGAUUUGUUCCUAUUCUUCCAAAACUUGAAUGUCUCAAAAUUAAAAGGAAUUCUAAAUUGAAACAAGUAUUCGAAUUAGAACAUGAACGGAAAGGGGUAGCUGAAGAGGAUAUGAAAUUUGAUAAAUUACGAAAGUUAUCACUUAAAGAACUACCGAGUCUCAUUCACUUCUGCCCCAAAGGAUAUCAUUUUGUAUUGUCAGCAUUGGAAGAUUUGAAAGUAAGAGAUUGUCCUAAGUUGACUACUAGCUUCUCUAUUGAUUCACAGGAAUUUGUGCAUUGUGAAACAAAGACAUCCCAAUUGGUUGAGGAAGAUGCGAUUAAAGAAUCUGUCACUGUUUCAAAUGCAAUUUUCAAUGAGGAUACUUAUUGGAGUCGUCAGGGGUUCAAUGAGAGUCAACUACCACACAUUACAUGAAAGAAUGGAUGAUUUUAGAGCAACUUUCAAAGCCAUGUUACAAAAAUCAAUAGAGGACCAUAUAUAUCCAUAUCCAAAUGGACAUGAAUGCAAAAUGGAAAAUGAAGAUUCAAAGUAUCAUAAGUUCAAUAUAUCAACUAAAUGCAGGUGCGUUUAUAAUUGUGCUUCUAACUGGUAUGAAAACUUGCUUUAAUGGAGUUGUGAAGCAAAAUAAUAUAUCGUCUCUUACUUCAAACUAAUAACUGAGCUAGUUAUAGUUAUGUUGUAGCUUUUAUUGUAUGCUUUUGCGUGCGAGUGAAAAUUCCAUUGCAUCAUGUAUUUAUUUGUGUGUUAAACCAUAACCAAAACUGGAUAGAUUUUAUUUUGUGAGGUUUCCAAAUGUGUUUGAUAGAUUUUAUUUUGUGAAGUUUCCAAAUGUGAUUUUGUUGAAAUAUUGAAAGUUUGUUAGUUUCAACUUAAUAAUAAAUUAUUUUGUUCCCGA